CCCACGCAUCCUCGGGAUACCGAAGUUUGCCUGCUGCCAUGGAGACCAGAGCCUUCUGGAUAACCCUGCUGCUGGUCCUGGUUGCUGGGUCCUCCUGCAAAGCCCAGGAAUUUGUUGGCCUAUCUCCAAGCCAAUGUAUGGUCCCGGCAAAUGUCAGGGUGGACUGUGGCUACCCCACUGUCACAUCAGAGCAGUGUAACAACCGUGGUUGCUGUUUUGACUCCAGCAUCCCAAAUGUGCCCUGGUGCUUCAAACCUCUGCAAGAGACAGAAUGUACGUUUUGAAGCUGUCCAGGCUCCAGGAAGGGAGCUCCACACCCUGGACUCUUGCUGAUGGUAGUGGCCCAGGGUAACACUCACCCCUGAUCUGCUCCCUGCCGCCGGCCAAUAUAGGAGCUGGGAGUCCAGAAGAAUAAAGACCUUACAGUCAGCACAAGGCUGUUCUAAUUGCGGAAA